AAGACGUUGAUGUAUGAUUAUCAUUAUAAUGUCAUGAAGAGGCAUUAUAAUGAUAAUAUUAAGCUAAUGUACACUGACACGGAUUCACUGGUGUAUCUUAUCGAAACCGAAGAUUUUUAUGAUGAUGUGAGGAAUAAUCCUAUCUUGCUGGAUAGACUGGACACGUCAGACUUACACCCUAACCAUCCGUGUCAUACGACUCUACGGAAAAAGGUACCAGGAUUUUUUUCCGACGAGACAAAGGGGUAUAUAAUGACGGAGUUUUGUGCCUUGAGAGCCAAGUCCUAUGCAUAUAAUAUUUAUGCUGGGGAAGAGGACGAGCAGAAAGAUAAAGAUGACAGAGUAGGAGGGGAAAACAUAAAGGCGAAGGGUAUCCGCGGGCAUGCGGUUAAGAACCACAUGUCACUUGCGGAUCAUGUAAAGUGUUUGUUCAGUGAUGAAAGUCUCGAUAAAUAUACAGAAAAUGUCUCCAUACGCUCCUUUAAACAUCAGCUCAUGACGAUAAAUACGAGAAAGCUAACUUACAACAACUAUGAUGAUAAGAGAGUUAUCCUAGAAGACAAAAUCCACACCUUGGCUCACGGACAUUACUCAAUAAAGUAA